CAACUAAAUUCAACUCUCAAAGUUACUGCUUGGGAGUGGAUAUAGCAAACAUGGGGAGAAGAGGAGAGAGUAGAAGAGCUCGAAGGCAAAGUGCCAACAAACCCAACUGCUCCCCCCCCCACCCUUCUCUCUCUCACAUCUUUCUCUCUCCUCUUUUACUUUUUUUUAUUUUUUUGUGAAUAGACUGCGACUUUUAACCCUCCCUCCAAAUUGCUGUUGCUGUUGUUGUUGCUUCAGAUCCCCUCUUUCUUUGAUUUAAAUUCCCACCAAUUUCCCCCCGUGUUCUUCAAGUUUCAAUCACAUCGCCAACUGACGAAAGGCCGCGGAUCUCAUUUCCUUUGAGAGGAAAUGGUGGUCGCCGGCCCUCUGACCCCUGGCCAGAAGGCGAAUACAACAUCUACUGCAGCUUCUAUUGUGAAGAAGGGGUCAGCUACUUCUGCUCGUGACGGGGGGCUACAUCGUAUUUCUGCAGCUACAUCCUCUGUUAUGAAACUAGCUACUAGUACAUCAAGCAAGGAUCCCCAGUUGUGUGCACUACUUGCUUGUGAUAUUUACACACAUUUACGGAUAGCAGAGGUUGCAGAAGAAUACUGGCUUGUACCAGACACACUAUACUUGACUGUGAAUUACAUUGACCGGUAUUUCUCUGGUAAUGAGAUGAACCGCCAGCGACUGCAGCUUCUUGGAGUUGCUUGCAUGUUGAUAGCAUCGAAAUAUGAAGAGAUAAGUGCGCCACAAGUAGAAAAUUUUUGCUAUAUAACUGACAACACUUACUUUAACGAAGAGGUAUUGCAAAUGGAAGCUGCUGUUCUAAAGUACUUGAAGUUCGAAAUGACAGCCCCAACAACCAAAUGUUUCUUGAGGAGAUUCGUCAGAGUCGCUCAAGGAUGUGAUGAGGCUCCCCUACUACAAUUAGAGUAUCUUGCCUGCUAUAUUGUAGUGUUAUCACUUCUUGAAUAUGAUAUGCUUGGUUAUCUUCCAUCAUUGACAGCUGCUUCUACUAUUUUUCUGGCAAAGUUCAUACUUCAACCAACAAAACAUCCUUGGAAUGCCACCUUGCAUCACUACACCCUGUAUCAGCCCUCUGAACUAUGUGAAUGUGUGAAAGCUCUACAUAAUCUUUACUGUUACAGCCCUGGCAACAACUUGUCAUCAAUCAGGGAAAAAUACAGCCAGCACAUGUACGAGUAUGUGGCCAAGAAAAUUUGCCCUCCAUCAAUACCUACAGACUUCUUCCAAAGUCCAAGCAGUUAGGUUUUAGAUCAAGAGCCAUCCAACUCUUUGUUGAAGGUUUUCAGUAACUUGCUGUGAGUGAUGUACCUUCGAGUUGUGAUAAUUUCGGGCUGCAAUCACUCUCGGUCUGUGAUCACUCUCUGUGUUGACUUGUUCCAAUUGUAGAUUUUAGAGCAGAUGUUUUUACUAUUAAGGAUAUGGUAUUGGUGAAUGUGCGAAGAAUCUGCUGUUGUAAAUUUUCCGAGCAAUU